AUUGAAGGAGCCGUUUCGGCAUUGGUCGGCGAGCGAGCAGCCAACGGCAUAUAGAGCGUAUCUCGGGAACGAACCGUACUGUGUUAGUAGCGCUUGAAAAGUUCGGACGUGUUUUGCUCGCGCUCCUGUCGUAGGAUUGAUUCGCCGCAGCUCAGCGUAAAAUAAUAUUCACUCAAAAUGGCACAGAUUUUAACCAACAUAUAUGACUGGUACAGAGACCUCAUGGACAAUCAAAGCGAUCCUCGGGUCGCCGACUGGCCAAUGAUGUCCUCGCCCUUUCCCACUCUAGGCCUUUGCAUAUUUUAUGCGUAUUUUAGCAAAUCGCUAGCACCAAAGCUGAUGGAAAAGCGAAAACCAAUGGAUCUUAGGAAUACUCUAGUAAUUUAUAAUCUCUUCCAAACCAUCUUCAGUACAUGGAUAUUCUACGAGUACCUUCAAAGUGGAUGGGGUGGACACUACAGCUUUAGAUGCCAGCCUGUCGACUACUCAGAUAACCCACUUGCUCUACGGAUGGCACGGACGUGCUGGUGGUACUAUGUCUCGAAAUUCACCGAGUUCUUUGACACGCUGUUCUUCAUCCUGCGGAAGAAGACUCAGCACGUCUCGACACUGCACGUCAUCCACCACGGCUGCAUGCCGUUCUCGGUGUGGAUGGGCAUGAAGUUCGCUCCCGGUGGCCACAGCACAUUCUUUGCGAUGCUGAACUCGUUUGUACACAUUGUAAUGUACUUCUACUACAUGGUGGCGGCACUGGGACCAAAAUACCAAAAGUAUAUCUGGUGGAAAAAGUAUCUCACUGCAUUCCAGAUGGCCCAAUUCGUCGCCAUCUUCACGCACCAGUUCCAGCUACUGUUCACCGAAUGCGACUAUCCGAAGGGUUUCAUGGUGUGGAUUGGACUGCACGGUGUCAUGUUCCUGUUCCUGUUCUCCGAUUUCUACAAGCAGGCCUACAACAAGCGGGUUGGCCGCGCCAAACGAGAAGCGGAAGCACUGUUGGCCAAGUCGCAUGCCAACGGAAAGCUACACAACGGCGAUGUCGUCAAUAACAACCAGGGUGCUUGCAUGCCCGUCCUGAACGAUGAUGAUGAACUGCACCAGCGAAAGGUCACCGGGAACGGAAUCUAUUUGAACGGUGGUGCCAAAACGGCGAAUUCCUACAGCAAUGGCAAUUCGAACGGUUUUGUCGAAUCGAUCCAGCAGUCGAACGGUGGUAUCGGCGAGACUGGUGGAGCGCGGGUCCGGAAAAUCCAAUAACGCUAACAACAACUAGAAUUAAUAAUCAUUUGGUGGUUAGCAUCAUCAUCGUCAUCAUCAUCUUUCUAAAACUUCACCAUCUG